AUGGCUGAGAUGCUUCAUCUGAACAUCAAACCAAACUAUGAUCUGGCAGAUGAAGUGGCCAGAAACAUGCCCUUCUUCCCUGAAGAAGAGAAAGUAUUUUCUGUUAAAGGCUGUUUGGAGGAAGAUUUAAAAGACUCUCUCUUUGGGCAGCACAUUGUGUCUGAUGUUGUACUGAAAGCUGUAACAUCAUUUAUGAAUGACAGCAACCCAAACAAACCGCUGGUCCUCUCUUUCCAUGGGACUACAGGAGUUGGGAAAAAUCAUGUUGCUAAAAUCAUUGCGAGAAACAUUUACGAAAAUGGGAUAGAAAGCCACCAUGUUCACACAUAUAUAUCUGAGCAUCAUUUCCCACACAAAGAAAAGUCAGACUUAUACAAAGCACAGUUAAAGCAAGGGAUUUAUAAAAGUGUUUCAAGUUUUCCCCGCUCCAUGUUCAUAUUUGAUGAAAUGGACAAGAUGCAACCACAGCUGAUCGAUGUCAUAAAACCUUUUCUAAACUACAAUGCCAAUGUAGAUGGAGUGUCAUUCCGCAAUGCAAUCUUCAUUUUUCUUAGUAAUGCAGGUGGGAAUGUGAUUGCUGAAGUGACUCUGGAUUUCUGGAGAGAAGGCAUAUGUCGGGAAGAGCUUUGGAUGAACAGCAAGGAACUGGAGACUAAAAUCUUUAGAAACAUUUUCAAUGAUAAGAACAGUGGAUUUCUGCACUCCAGUAUGAUAGAUGAGCAUCUGAUUGAUCACUAUGUUCCUUUCCUGCCUCUAAUGCUGAAGCAUGUGCGUCAGUGUGUCAUGGCUGAGAUGGGCCAUCUGAAUAUCAAACCAAACUAUGAUCUGGCAGAUGAAGUAGCCAGAGACAUGCCCUUCUUUCCUGAAAAAGAGAGAAUAUUUUCUGCUAAAGGCUGCAAGUCUGUCAGACAGAAGUUGGUGCUGUAUGUCAAUUAACAGAUGAACAACUUUAGCAGCACUUGUUGUCCAGUUUAUUGUUAUAACUUUUUAACCCUUUCACUGGUGAGUUUAAAAUAUUCUAGCGGUCCCCCCAGAGUGAGUUUUUUUAGGCGGCUGCUAUUUUAGAACGUUGUCACAUGACACACCGUGGCCACAAUAACACUGUAUGACAGAUGGAUUGCUUUUAUUUUGUUUUUCCUUUUUUAUUCAAAUUAUUCAUAAACUUGCUUACCAUACCAUCAACUAUCUGAUAUUCCGAUUCACAAAUAUGUGUAAAUGAGUGUGUUUUGUCCUUUAAAUCGAUCUUGAUCGUGAUCUAUAAUGUGAGAUGGGCGCCGCCAUGUUUGCUUGCGCUGCAGU